UCUGCCUCUUUGGUGGAAACUUCCAACUUCCUACUUUUUGGUAGAAAAACUCUUCUCUUGGACAUUAUAGAACAAGAAUGACCAAAUCUCAUUCAAUAUUUUACUCAAUUUUUAUUUAUUUUCAUUUAAUUUUUUCAAAAUUAAAAUACUCACAAAUUAAAUUUAAUACUCCCUAUUUUUCCACCAUCUCCUCCAUUGAGCAAAAUCCUUGCUCCAUCAUCUCUCCAGCAGUCCAGCUUUUAGCACCCUCCUAUUAUUAUUGGUUUCAUUGUUGAUUAAAGAGGGAAAAAAUGAAGGGAAAAAAGGAGGAAGUAAAGCCAGUGGAGAAAGAAAAUUUUGAUAUUUGUGGCCCUCACCACCUCACUUCUAUUGAUUGGAGAUUAGCAGAACAUAGAAGAUCUGUUGCAGCAAGUAUGGUCCAAGGAGUGUUCGUUCUAGAAAGAGACCGCCAAGAAAAACGAACAAACCACGAUGCAUUAGCCCCAAUUUGGUGGAAUUUCUUCCAUUUCCAAUGCUCCCACAUCUUGGUAGAUCAACUCGAUUCCUCCAUAUUCGGAAUCAUUUUCCAGUACAAACCUCACACAAAACCAAACGGUACACCCCCUAUGUACGUCAUUGCAUUUCGAGGCACAAUCGUAAGACCCGAGACUAGAAAACGGGACCUCCAUUUGGAUAUCAAACUCGCCAUAAACCGGUUAACCCGGGAUUCACGGUACCAAGCUGCAUUUCAAGCAAUAGAGGGUAUAAUAGCCCAAGUUGGCCCGAAUAAUGUUUGGUUAACAGGGCAUUCUUUAGGUGCAGCUAUAGCAUUACAAGCUGGUAAAGACUUGGCUAGGAUGGGUUAUUGUAUAGAAACUUACCUUUUUAACCCUCCUUAUAUAUCCGCCCCGAUUGAGAAACUCAAUGACCCGGCAUUGAGAAACGGGGCCCGUAUUGCUCGUAGUGUUCUGAAUGCUGGACUUUCUCUUGCUAUCAAUGGUACUAAAAGUAACAAUGUACGUGAACAGAAUGACCCGUUUACUAUACUUUGUUCUUGGACGCCGUACUUGUUUUUGAACCCGAAAGACCCGAUUUGUUGUGAGUAUAUCGGGUAUUUUGAGCACCGGGAGAAGAUGGAAGGGUGGGGGGUGGGUCGGAUUGAGAGGAUUGCAACUAAAAAUUCGAUAGUGAGUUUAAUAUCGGGUGCAUUAGGGAGAGAGGUUGAGGCGUUACAUUUGAUACCCUCGGCUUUUGUUACUAAGAAUGUGGUUGUUAAGGAGCAAGAUUUGAUGGCUGCUCAUGGACUUCUUCAAUGGUGGGAGCCUCAUCCAUAUUGGCAUUCUAAGGCUUACCAAUUCAAUUGAGUUUUGUUUUUGUGGGUGUUCCUUUUUGGUUUCUAAUUGUGUUAUGCAUGUAAUUAUGUUUGAUGAAACUUGAAAUGCAAUUGUAGAAAAGAAUUGAUAUUAAUAUAUGAUUGAUGAUA